GGAUGUUCCUGUCCUGGGCUCUGAAACGUAUGUGAGCUAGCUCCCUCUGAUUAGCCACGUCAUGUAAACUUAGCAGCAGAGCAGUUCUCGUAUAAAGGCAGCAAGGCGCAGGUUUUUUGGGGGGUAUUAGUUAUUUUUUAAAGAGGAGCUGUUUUUUUUCAUGGUUAUAGCUCGGCAGUAAUCGCAUGGAAAGAUGUCAGAUAUCGGGGACUGGUUCAGAAGCAUCCCGUUCAUCACCCGGUCCUGGUUCGCUGCCUCGGUUGCUGUUCCCUUGAUUGGGAAACUAGGACUGAUUGAUUUCAGGAACCUCAUAUUGAUUCCGGAGAUGGUCUACAGCAGAUUUCAUCUCUGGAGACCAGUGACAGCCACCUUCUAUUUCCCAAUAACCCCUAAUACUGGGUUUCUCUACCUGAUCAACCUCUACUUCCUCUAUCACUACUCCACCCGGCUAGAGACAGGGGCGUUCGAUGGCAAACCUGCAGACUAUAUCUUCAUGCUGUUCUUCAACUGGAUCUGCAUUGUUAUAACUGCGAUGCUGAUGAACAUGCGGCUGAUGAUGAUCCCACUGAUCAUGUCAGUGCUCUACGUCUGGGCUCAGUUCAACAAAGACACCGUCGUGUCCUUCUGGUUUGGAACACGAUUCAAGGCACAUUAUUUACCAUGGGUCAUCCUGGCCUUCAACUUCAUCAUCGGAGGCUCGUUUGUAGAUGAGCUGACAGGGAACCUGGUGGGUCACCUUUACUUCUUCCUCAUGUUCAAAUACCCCAUGGACCUGGGAGGACGCUCCUUCCUCACCACACCAGAGUUCUUGUAUCGGUACUUCCCUAACAGGAGGGGAGGGGUGUCGGGCUUUGGUGUCCCUCCCACCAGGAGACCAGCUGCCCAGGAGCAGCCAGGUGGAGGCGGGGGAGGAGGAGGAGGAGGAAGAGGACGUCACAACUGGGGCCAAGGCUUCCGUCUGGGGGGUGAAUGAGCGGAGACGAGAGGAGAGAGAAGAUGCAAUCCCCCUUCCUCCUCCUCCUCCUCCUCUUCUCAUCUCAGCUCCUAAUAACAAACGGUCAUGCUGUUGAUGUUUCACAUUAAAAUGCUUGAUCUCUCACUUUUUUUUUCCUGUUUGAGGAAAAAAACCUUGUCUUAAAUUUCAUAUUCAUGUUUAGUUUUAAAGGAGACAACAGGAAGAAAUUUGAGGACGCACACAUUUUAACCAAGACCGCGUCACACAGCAGGACUCGGCAGACUCUGGCUAUAGGCUCAGCUCACACAGUAAAGCCGGCUCUGCCAUUACUACUGCUGCAGAUGUGUCCAGAUAGAAGAAAAUAUGAAUAAACAAUUUUUUUUUUUUUUUAUGUGAUGAUUCUUCACUUCUCCCCUUUUCUUUCUUCCUGUCCUCUUCUGUUCACCUCCCUUCCGCCCCCUUCUCUCCACACCCUGCCAUCGGACUGUCAAGACAGGAGAUGUUGCAGCUGCACACCAGCACGCUGUUGAUUUUGAUUCUCGUGUUCCCGUCCCCUCUCUCUCUCUCUCUCUCUCCGUCUCUCUGUGAUGCCAUAUCAGAUUACAUUGUAAUUACCAACGCACUGGGAGUGUGCUCUCAGCCAUCCCUCGGCAGAACAUGGGCAAAGCUAUUUCGAGAGCACUGUCUCCAGGUCUGGAUUUACAUGGGUGUAAAAUGUUUUUUUAAGCCUCUGUGGCACAGACUUCGAUCUUCCUCUGUCUUAAGGUCUGAUCUUAACCAAAAUGAGGUGAAGAUGUGAUUUUGCUCUCUUUUUUUUUUUU